AUGGCUUCUUCGUCGAAUCAAAAUAUAGGGGCUUCGUCCCUCCUACUGAUGGCCCGCCGGAUGUGUGUCAAGGUAGUUAGGGAAAUAACUGACGUUGGCUUGGCCCGCUAUGAAGUUAUCCGUCCCAUCCUUCAGAGGAUUGAAAAUCCUCAGCAGCUACAUGAACUUGAACAAAGGUCCCCGCAUCUUCUCGAACAUGAUGCCGAACUCUGGGUUGAAUUUAUCAAGCGUGAUAUCUACUUUUGGGAGACACUUGAUCUAACUGAAGCCCCUGAGAGUUGGUACGAUUUCUAUACUACUCUUAGGGCGCAAGCUGCCAAGAAAGUUGAUGAGGAUGCAGAACGCAUGAGACGUGCGUUGCAAGGCCUCGACAAGGAGAAGUCAAAGCACACUCCCAAAAUUGUCGACGUCAAGAAAAUGAGGCUCCCUCGGGAAAAACCUACUACUGUACAGCGGCAUGCUCAUCAUGACCGCAUGAUGGGCGGUAUUUCCCCUGUUUUUGCACUAGGUACAAAGGAAAGUGAUCCCAGUGGCAGUAAAGCGUGGGAGGAUAGGCCGCAAUGGAGACUUGUCCCACCAAGACUAUCGUCUCGGCCCAGCUCUGGUGCUUCUUCUGGGGGCAGGAAGUCUGCUUUACCGGCAGUCGUCAAGCGCAACCAUACGCUUUCUACGCCAACCCACAAGCUCAAUACCAUGGCUUCCCGCGUCAUCCAGGCUCCCAAGUCUUUUAUUGAGGAUCGCAAAAGUGCAGUUCCCAUCAACCGGGCUAUUCGCCCUACCAUUCGCAACAACGUCACAACAGUACCCUUUCCAAAAUCUGCUGCGGAACCGCAGAAGGCGCCUAGGAGACCCAGCUCAAUUCCACACCAUACCCCCGCCACCCCAUCUAUACCUUUACCCGACAAUCUGCAAGCUACCCGUUCUGUUAAAAGCUCCCACUCAAAAUUCAACACUAUCCCGGUCACGACCCGAACGAGUUCAAAUCCUGCUCUUGGCCUAACUAACCCCAAGGUGGACCGUGAGCGCCCUACUAUAUCCCAACGUGGCGCCACCUCUAGCAGGUCAGAGCUAGAAAACAAGAGACAAGCCGACCAGAGCUCACCCAGCUUCACAUUAAACAAUAAGCAGAAAAAACUGAAAGUCUCGUGA